UUUUGAUUUGCUCAGAAGCUCGACGCGAUUCCAUUUGAUCUUCCAGAACCCACCUCCAACUUUAUGCCACGACAAUUAAUUACUACACUCUUUUAAUCUACACCACAUAGGAACUCAUACUCUCCUUGAACCCUCUUCGUCACACACCGUUCCCCUCCAACUUUUACAACCUUGGCCACCAUGUCCUCUGCUGUGGUCUCCGCUGAUGAUGGCCUCGAGCCGACCCUACAGUCUAUCCUAGACCAGAAGACGCUGCGAUGGAUUUUUGUCGGUGGAAAGGGAGGUGUGGGCAAGACGACAACUUCGUGCUCUCUUGCCAUACAACUGGCUAAAGUCCGCCGCUCGGUUCUGCUCAUCUCGACUGAUCCUGCUCACAACUUGUCCGACGCCUUCUCCCAGAAAUUCGGCAAGGAGGCGCGAUUAAUAGAGGGCUUCUCUAAUUUGAGCGCUAUGGAGAUUGACCCUAAUGGAAGCAUUCAGGACUUGAUAGCCGGACAGGGUGAGGAAAACAGCGAUCCGCUCAGUGGCAUGGGGGGCAUGAUGCAGGAUUUAGCAUUUGCAAUUCCCGGUAUAGAUGAGGCCAUGUCCUUCGCAGAGGUUCUCAAACAAGUCAAAUCACUCUCGUACGAAGUCAUCAUCUUCGAUACUGCACCCACAGGUCACACCCUCCGUUUUCUCCAAUUCCCGUCCGUCCUCGAGAAGGCUCUCGCUAAGGUCUCCCAACUUUCUUCCCAAUAUGGGCCCUUACUCAACGGCUUCCUCGGAAAUCAAGGUACACUCCCGAACGGGCAGAACUUGAGCGAGAUGAUGGAAAAGCUGGAGAGUCUUCGCGCGACUAUUUCUGAGGUUAAUACACAAUUCAAAGACGAGAACCUAACUACGUUUGUCUGUGUCUGUAUAGCUGAAUUCCUGAGUCUGUACGAGACGGAACGUAUGAUUCAGGAGUUAGCUAGCUACAACAUCGACACACACUGUAUUGUCGUGAACCAGCUGUUAUUCCCUAAAAAAGGCAGCAACUGCGAGCAAUGCAAUGCCCGACGGAAAAUGCAGAAGAAAUACCUAGAUCAAAUCGAGGAGCUAUAUGACGAAUUCAACGUGGUCAAAAUGCCGCUUCUAGUAGAGGAAGUCCGGGGCAAGGAGAAGCUGGAACAAUUUAGCGAAAUGCUCAUCCAUCCGUAUGUGCCCCCUGAGUAAGGCAUGUACGGACUUCGUUGGGUCGUCUGGGGUUAGGUAGCGUGGCGUUACGAUGCCUUUGGGCCGUGAUAAGGAUGUCAUUCGAGGGAAAUAGAGGCUCAAAUGAGACCGGAGUGCUAUUGGCAUAUGUACUACAGUGGGAAGAUAUUACAUCAGUACUAAGCGUAUUAUGAUCGUCCCAUUUAUAGCUCUAGCAUUGGAAGAAGGCAUGUAAUACAGUUAAUAUCAAUCAUAAGAUGUCCACAUAUAUCAUUACAAUGCAGGGGCACAUUAUUAAGUCGUUAGGUUAUCA